AUGCAAACACCAAUGCUGUCAUGCCCGCUCAAGGUGACAAACGAGAUAGACUGGAUAGCUCCGCUCAAGCAAUACAUCCGCACCACCUACGGCGACGACCCGGAACGCUAUGCCGACGAAUGCGCCGCCCUGAACCGUCUCCGCCAGGACAUGCGAGGCGCCGGCAAGGACUCGGCUGCUGGGAGAGACCUGCUCUACCGCUACUACGGUCAGCUGGAACUGUUGGACUUGCGCUUCCCUGUCGAUGAAAAUCAUAUCAAGAUCUCCUUUACCUGGUUCGACGCCUUUACACACAAACCCACCUCGCAAUAUUCGCUCGCCUAUGAGAAAGCUUCCAUCAUCUUCAACAUCUCGGCCGUCCUCUCCUGCCACGCCGCCCACCAGGACCGCAACCAGGAAACCAUGCUUAAGGUUGCCUACCACUCGUUCCAGGCUUCGGCCGGCAUGUUCACCUACAUCAAUGAGAACUUCCUACACGCUCCCUCGACCGAUUUGAGCAGAGACACAGUCAAGACCCUCAUUGCCGUCAUGCUCGCCCAAGGCCAGGAGGUCUUUUUGGAGAAGCAAAUCGCCGAUGGCAAGAAGGUUGGCCUCAUGGCUAAGCUCGCCAGUCAGGCUGCAUACUUGUACACCCAGGCACUCGAAGGUGUACAGGAGAACGUCGCCAAGGCCAUCUUCGAGCGCGUCUGGUUGAUUCUUGUCCAGUUCAAGACACAUUACAUGACCUCGCUCGCCCACUACUAUCAGGCCCUUGCUGAUGAUGAUGCCAAUUCCCACGGUAUCGCCAUCACUCGUCUGGAAAUCGCCAUCAAUCUUGCCCGCGAAGCUGCAAAGGUCGCAAACUCGUUCCCUUCUUCCAUUCCUGCUUCUUCCAACCUGGCAGGGGAUACUGCUUCUAUCCUCUCAAACAUGGCCAAGACUCAUCUGACCGCAUGCGACGAAAAGCUGCAGCAAUUCAACAAGGACAACGACUUCAUCUACCAUCAGUCCACUCCCGCCGAGGCUGCUCUUCCUGCCAUUCCAAAGCUUCCGGCGGCCAAGCCCAUCCCAGUGAGCGAGUUGUAUCAAGGCCAGGAUAUUCAUCGCAUUGUUGGUCCCGACAUUUUCCAAAAAAUUGUUCCCAUGGCCGUCACAGAGUCUGCCAGUAUGUACGAUGAGGAGAAGGCUAAACUCGUACGUGCAGAAAGCGAGCGCGUCGAAAUUGCCAACGACGAGAUGGCCGCUUCACUCGAUUAUCUCAAAUUGCCCAACAGUCUGAAUAUCCUCAAGGGAGGCUUGGAUCAAGACAUGGCUGUUGAUUCUGAUUUCCGCAAGUGGUGCGAAGACUUUGUCGGCCAUGCUCCGUUUGCCCAAGACUUUGAGCAACUCGACUCUAGCAAGUCUAGCAUCCAUGGCAUACUCGACCAGUGUCAGAAAAGCUUAGACAUGGAAGAGAGUGUUUGCGAGAAGAUGAGGAACAAGUACGGCGCCGAAUGGACCCAGCAACCUAGCUCGCGCCUUACCACGACGCUUCGCAGCGAUAUCCGCAACUACCGUAGUGCAGUCGAAGAGGCGAGCAUGAGUGAUGUGCAGCUGUAUAGCUCUUUUAGACAGCACGAAUCGGAUAUGGAAGAGAUGCGCUCUGCUGGCGAGACUGACGAAGCAGACGUCCUUUACCAACGCGCCAUGAUCAAGGUUGGCGCCGCAAGAAAGACCGGCGCGAAGAGUCCAGCGGCAGAAGGCAACCUGAUUGAUGACAUUGAUGAUGAUGACAAGGCGAGCGUAUCUGAGCAGAUAGCCGCUGUCGAGGAUUUGCUGAAGAAGUUGACUCUGAUCAAGAGGGAGCGUGAGAAGGUGCUCAAGGAUUUGAAAGAAAAGGUUCACAACGAUGACAUUUCGAGCGUUCUGAUCUUGAACAAGAAGGCCAUGUCUCAGGAGAAUCAGCUCUUCAAGACCGAACUCGAGAAGUUCCGACCGCACCAACAGCGACUACUGCAAGCUCAACACAAGCAACACAGCUUGAUGAAGGAGCUCACUCGCACUUACAGUGAUUUGCUGUCGGACAAGCGCGUUCGUCAAGAGCAAAACAAAUAUGAAGCCUUCUCGCGUCAACGUGGCACUGUCAUGUCCAAGUAUAAGAAGGUGCAUCAAGCACUCAUGGAUCUGCAAGCUGGCCUUGAGCGCGCCAAGAAUUUCUACUCUGAGAUGAAAGAUACAGUCGACAGUCUGUACAAGAACGUCGAAGGCUUUGUUGGCAACCGCAAGGCAGAAGGAAGCCAGCUUCUUAACCAGAUCGAAAGUGGUAAGGCUUCAUCAGGUGGGGGCGCGGAUAGAGAGCAGCAGCGUCUCAAGGAGAUGAUGAAUCGUAUGUCCAUGAACCCAUCAUCUUCGCCGCAUCAACAACAGCAACCACAGCCUCCUGCAAGACCUAUGCAACCGCAACAACAGCACUCGUACAACAACUACAACCCUGCCGCCUCACCACCAGUGACUUCAGGCUAUGGCAUGCAACCCACACCAUCACCCUACAUGCAGCAUCAACAACAACAACAAAACUACGCUCAACACCAACAACCUCAACACCAGCAACCACCCCAGCAAUCCUACCAACAGCAGCAUCAACAGCAUUCCCAACAACCACAACAAAGCUAUUCCUACAAACCAACUUCCUACGGCAUGCCCAACUCCCCACCAGUCGCUGCACCUCAAAACCAAUACUUUUCUCCUCCGCCAAACCAGAAUCAGCAAUACGGACAACAACAGCAGAUGGGACAACAACAGCAGAAUAUGUUGCCGCAUGGCUAUGUGCCGCCGCCUCCGCCUCCGGGCCCGCCGCCGCAUCAGCAGUAUGGGCAACAGCAGGGGUAUGGUCAGCAGCAACAGCAGCAGCAUUCGCAACAGCAGGGGCAGGGGCAGGCUGAUCCUUGGGCUGGGUUGGGUGCUUGGAAGUAA